GGCGGGAGCCGGGGCGCCGAGGCGGUGCACUACAUCGGGUCUCGGCUUGGAAGAACCCUAACAGGAUGGGUGCAGCGAACUUUCCAGAGCACCCAGGCAGCUACAGCCUCCUCCCAGAACUCCUGUGCAGCUGACGACAAGGCCACGGAUCCUCUACCCAAGGACUGUCCUGUCUCCUCUUACAACGAAUGGGACCCCUUAGAGGAAGUGAUAGUGGGCAGAGCAGAAAACGCCUGUGUGCCACCGUUCACCGUGGAGGUGAAGGCCAACACAUAUGAAAAGUACUGGCCAUUUUACCAGAAGCAUGGAGGCCAUUUUUUUCCCAAAGAUCAUUUGAAGAAGGCUGUUGCUGAAAUUGAAGAAAUGUGCAAUAUUUUAAAAAUGGAAGGAGUGACCGUGAGGAGGCCUGACCCCAUUGACUGGUCAUUCAAGUAUAAAACUCCUGAUUUUGAGUCUACGGGUUUAUACAGUGCAAUGCCUCGAGACAUCCUGAUUGUUGUGGGAAAUGAGAUUAUUGAGGCUCCCAUGGCGUGGCGCGCACGCUUCUUUGAGUACAGAGCAUACCGGUCGAUUAUCAAGGACUACUUCCACCGCGGUGCGAAGUGGACCACAGCUCCUAAACCCACGAUGGCGGACGAGCUUUAUGACCAGGAUUACCCCAUCCAUUCAGUAGAAGACAGGCACAAAUUGGCUGCUCAGGGAAAAUUCGUGACGACCGAGUUCGAGCCAUGCUUUGAUGCCGCGGACUUCAUUCGAGCUGGAAGAGAUAUUUUUGCACAGAGAAGCCAGGUUACAAACUACCUGGGCAUUGAAUGGAUGCGCAGGCAUCUUGCUCCCGACUACAGAGUGCACAUCAUCUCCUUUAAAGAUCCCAACCCAAUGCAUAUUGAUGCCACCUUUAAUAUCAUUGGACCUGGUCUUGUACUUUCCAACCCUGACCGACCAUGUCACCAGAUUGAUCUUUUCAAGAAGGCGGGAUGGACCAUAGUUACUCCUCCUAUACCAAUCAUCCCAGAUGAUCACCCACUGUGGAUGUCAUCUAAAUGGCUUUCCAUGAAUGUCCUAAUGCUUGAUGAAAAGCGUGUCAUGGUGGACGCCAAUGAAGUCCCAAUUCAAAAGAUGUUUGAAAAGCUGGGCAUCAGCACCAUUAAGGUGAACAUUCGCCACGCCAAUUCCCUGGGAGGAGGCUUCCACUGCUGGACCUGCGACGUCCGUCGCCGAGGCACCCUGCAGUCCUACUUCGACUGACCAGGCCUGACGGGCAGCGGCUGGGUCACAGAGAUGCCUAAGACGCUUAGGGGCAAGACGCUUAGGGGCAAGGUUCAUUCUCCUGCUUUAAAAAGUGCAUGAACUGUAGUGCUUUAAACAAUCACAUCCUUAACGGGGUCUUAAGCCUGGUUUAUUUCUAGUACUUUUCUUUGACAUAAGGAAUAUAACUUCUGGUAGGUCUUACUCUCCAGUUCUAAAGUUAUUUACUAUUUGGCUUCAAGUGUAAAAAUUUGGUGAGUGUACACCAAGACAAAAAGUCACUUGAGUAACUUGGUCACUAAUAUUUAACCAUCUACCUCUGUUUUUAAUUUUCUUUCCAAAAGGCAGCUUGAAAUGUUGGUUCUAAUCUUAAUUUUCUUAAUAGAUUUGUGAAUGUUUGUAUCACUUCUUUUUUCUAAAUAAGUGAAAGACUCAGAACAUACACAGAUCUGAAGUAGAACAAGAUAACUGUCUCUUUUUCUAAUAAGGAAUUUUGGUAAUUUUUAAUUUUUGUCUUAAAAAGAUAACCUAGCCUAUGCAAACAUUGAAGUGCGUUUACCAUGAAUGUUUUUAAUAUUCUCAUCUCAACAUGAGUGGUAUGUGUUACUAAAAACCUUUUCAUACAACUUACCUCAUUUCAAGUGAAUUAUUUUAAUCUUUUUCCUCUCUUUCCAAAAAUUUGCAGAAAUGUUUAGCUAUAACUCAGCUCCCAUGUCUAAAUUUUGAUAUUCAGUGUCUAAUAGAUACAUUGCAUCUUUGGUAAUCUAAGACUUGUUUACAUAUGUGCAAAUUAUUUAAAGCGUAGACUUUAAAGGCAUUAAAAAACUAACGGAAGUAAAACCUACAUGUGAUGUGAAAUAAUUUUAAUGUUGGAUACUGUAUGUGUAUUUUUAUUCUAAUAAACAUUUGUGUUCCAGAUUGGAUUUUA